UCGCUGUUGUUGACCUGACAAUUUCCAGAUUGCAACUUCUACUACUGCCGUACAUGGAACAAAUCAGAACUAAGGACCACCAUAUGACCAUAUCGCCGUCACUACCCGGAACUCCGGAACAAACACAGCAGCUAGCAACCUUGCAUUCACAACACGUGUUUAUUGACAGUCCGUUUUCGGGACGUAUACGUGCUGCAGUUUUUGUUUUUUUUUUACGUUGUGAAAGUUGCGCUGAAUUUGUCAUGGCACAUAGGGUGCAAGAACUUGAAAAUAUCAAGCACGUCAUUAGAGCCUUGCUUCUUGUAAAUAACGGUCCAAUGCGCGUAGAUGCCUUCGUGAAACAGUACCGCUUUAGCGAAGGCCAUGCUGUGCCGUACCAAAGGUUCGGGUAUUCGGACUGCAUGAGUUUCUUGGCGAAUUUGGACGAUACCGUGACAAUACGGUCGGACAGUACGGGAACAUUUCUUAGCCCCAAGAUAAGCGAAACUGCUGGACGCAAUGUGUUGCAUAUUCAGGAACUGAUUCGGGCUCAGAAGCAAGAGACCAAGGUGCCAGCCACCACGAAGAAACGUUCACCAAGAAUGUCGAGGGUUGUUACGCCACAUCUUCCUGAGAAUUUGCAUCGGAACUUGUGUGUGUUGGUGUCAAAGUUCAGAGAAGGCAUUGACAUCGGUUUCGUCGAGGAUGCGUACUACCGCGAGUUUGGAACGAUGAUGAACACCGAGGCGUACGGGUUCAACUCGCUCGAGGACUGCUUGGCAACGGUAGACUGUCUCGAGCUGAUGAAGCAGUCUAAUGGCAAAACGAGGGUACGACUGAAAGCUUCUACUCGGACGGCGACGCGAUCUCUGUCACGAAACAGAAACUCGGCGUCCAGCUUUGCUUUGAAGUCAAGUAGUUGCAACACAAGUAAUUCCGCGAGUCCCGAAAAGUCGUCAUCGGUGUUAAAGGAGAACGUCAAAAAGGUACUGGAGAAGUACCCAAACGGCGUCUUCCUGUCUUCUUUCGCCCAGGUAUACAAGGAAGUUUCUGACCAAGAAUUGGAGAUAACAACCAUGGACAUCAUCCAACGUUGGCCGGAGCUUUUUCACCUCGAGCGCCCACAUUCAGGAAGCGACUUUAUGGUUUUCUCCAGCGACUGCGUCUUAGACGUCACAGACAGCGCCUCUCGCUCCGGCUCUUCCAACUCCAGCUCCAGCGGCAAGCACGACAUAGUCGUCAAGACGUACAAGCAAGCGCAGUUACCAGAAGCAGACGCUGGAUCCUACUUUCCCGUAAAAGUCAGUCACGUCUUCACCCCGGGGCGCCUGACGAUUCAGCUCGUGGACCCCCGGUCGAAGGAUCCCGUGUCGGCCCUGAUGAAGCGGAUGGACGACCUGUACACAGGCCCCGAGAGCCUGAAGUAUGCCUUGCAGCCUGGAAGCGUCGUGAUUGGUCAGGCAGUGGCUGCACAGUACUCCCCCGUGGACAACAAUGCCGUGUGGUAUCGUGCGUCUGUUACUGGUGUGUGCAACCUGUUCAGCAUCGAAGUGGAAUUGGUGGACUUUGGCAACAGGUGUAUCGUCCGGAAAUCGGAGCUGCGCUUAAUCCGGGAAGACUUUCUGGAUCUCCCUGCACAGGCCAUCGCGGUGUCGCUCGCGUUCAUUCGGCCGAGAGGCGGGGACGAUUGGUCGGAGAGGGCGUACAAGGAGCUCGUGCUGCUGUCGGGAGGCAAAAUUUUGAUGUGUCAAAUAGUGGAACGUUCCGCCACUCCUCCAGCCGUCGUGCUCUGCGACACGACCAGGGAAGACGAGGUGGAGAUAUUUCUGGCUGACGCUCUUGUGGAAGCCGGUUACGCUGAGUUUGUCGUGCCGGUUGACAGCGCAGAAGACUCGUUGCAAAACGGCACCGUUCCCAACGGGAACAUUAGUGAAGUUGAUUAUGAUGCCAUCAGGCUGGUGUCGCUGAGCGGUGGCGAGAGGUUUCACGUGGUACCGUACGAGGGCGUGAAUUACGUUACUUCCUUCGACCUGUCGCGCCUGCUGGGCUGGGAGGAGGACAGCGUCGUACAGAGGUUGUCAGAGAAAGAGAUCGUCUUUCCUCACCGACUCCUCCAUCGGCAGGACACUCCCGAGGUGUUCGACAAGGUGAACAGCUUGGACAUGGAAGAGAGGGAGGGCGCCUUGCACGCGCAGUGCUUGUGCCUUUUUCCGAUCAAGAGUAUCGCCGAUGCAGUGAACAUAUUCAGACAUCCGCACAACGAAAUUAAUGGGGAAAUCAGACAGGUGGUUCACAGUUAUGCAACGGGGAAUCCCGUCGGUGAGGUUGUGUACACGGAGAGGCUCCUCCUGCUCGGCGAACUGCACCGAAUGCGGGAACGCAAGAAACGACUCUACGCGGGUUUCAGCAGGGAAAUGGCAAACGUGGAACGGGUCGAUCAGAUCCAGGACCUCGAGGUGCGAAUAGAGUGUCUGGCACAGAGGCUCGAGAGGAUGGUGUAGUUCAUCGAUGGAUCUCUUUGUUCAUAUGCUGCAUCAUGUUUUGUUGUUGUUUCAGUGCACUUCGGACACUACUUCAUGUUUGCUUUUAUGUGCCAAAGCGUGUGCAAAGUUUGCCACGUGCACCAGACCAAAGCGCGAUUUUUUCUUUCGGAAGAAUGUGUGCAGCCAAAGUAGUUUUUGUUCGAACAAAUUUCAUUGCCGAUGAGAUAUAUUUAGAAGCAAGUAAGGAGGACAUUUUUGGGAUUGCCCUAAUAAGUCAUACAAUAUCCCUUCCAAUCGGGGCAUUGUAUUAAUAUUGUACAUCACAUCAAGUUGAUGUACCCUUGGAUAUAGCGUUUGUAGGAUGUGUCCCGAGGAGACUGGGCAGGCGAGUACUUCGGAGUGCCGACAUGGUUGUGUGCAUGAUUUCAUUAUUUUCUUUUCCCUUUUUACGUGCAUACAUUUUCAUUACGGAAAGACUCCUCUCUACCUCCAAAACAUGUUCCAUAAUCACCUUCAUACUGUUAAUAAUUCAGUACAUCAAGACCAUGUAAAGAGUGCAUUUUGUAAGAACACGGUGAGAUAACAUUUAUUAGUGUAGUGCAAGGGAUGUAUAUUCCGUGCAGCAACUAUAGUACUUUAGAAAAGAGUUGCAAACUCCAUAGGAACUGCUGUGGAAGCUUUGUUUAUUGUCAUGUUUGCAAUGGAAGUAUAAUACAGUGUGCCAAAGUUACGAAAUAA